UCAUCAACCAUAUCGCAAAUCUAGGAAUUAUUUUUGUUUAUUUGUGAUUAGUAUUAUAUCAAGCGCUAGUUGUGAGUAAUUAAGGGGGAAAAUGCAAUUUUUUAUAUUUUCAUUUAUACAAUGUUUGAGGGCGAUAAGCAUUAUUUAUCUAAUUUUUAAUGUAAAUCAAAAUUUAUGUAAGUGACAAAAUAUUGCAGUGAAAUUCGCAUAGUGGCCUUUAUAAAGCCAAUAUUUCUUGGCAUUUUGCUCUGUGAGAGGAGAUGGCGUUGGCUUCUGUAUGCUGCACAUAAAGUUAAGAUUGAGAAGUAAAAAAUAGAGAGGACAGAGAGAGAGAGAAGGGUGGAGGUGGAGUUUAGUAACACAAGGAGUAUUUUUUUUUGACAUAGAGAUGGAGACAGAUUAGUUGUAGUAUCCAAUUUCAUUUUUUUCAACUCCUGUUUUUCAAGUUCUCAUAGCAGACUAAAAUGGAUUCUUCCGAGGCUACAAAGGUUGUAAUCAAGAGGAUUUCGAGCCUAGAACCCGAGCAUGUUGCGAAGAAGAUAAUAGGAUACAUGUAUUUUCAAGAGCUUUCUGACCAGGAGAUGAUUAGAUUAGCCUUAGGCCCUGAUACCUUAAUCCAUAACUUGAUACAGAAAGCUAAAACCGCGCGUUUAUUAGCUUCGUCACAAGUUACUUCACCUCCAAUUUCCCCUACUAUCAUCAAUCCUGACCCUUCAUUUCAGUUUGCUCCCUUCCAAUCAGUUUCGCCUCGUCCCUUUCCAUCCCCGCCUGCAUUUCGGAGGAUGGAGCCUUACUGGGAUCCUCAACUCCCCGUUGAGCAACCAGCAAUGCAGAAUGCCCCUUUCUACCCUGACUAUAUAGGAUUGGAGGAUCCAUUAGAUGUCGUUGUAAAGCCGAAUGAUUACUAUUUCCACGAAGCUGCACUCAACAGUUUGAGUGGUAGGGGCGGUAGCAGCUCUUCUAACUUGAUGGAUUUUCCUGUCAAGACUUGUCAUUAUUUCAUCAAAGGCAUUUGCAAGCAUGGCAGUAACUGUAGGUAUUACCAUGGGGAGUUGUUUCCGGAGAGUCAUCCCCAUGCCUCUUUUGGUCUUAGUUCAUACGAUUUAGCUGGAGACGAGGGGUUCUUACCAGGGUCGCUUGAGAAGCUUGAGUUAGAAAUUUCUGAGCUCUUGAAAUCAAGAAGGGGGCAUCCGGUUUCUAUUGCUUCUUUGCCCAUGCUUUACUAUGACAAAUAUGGGAAAACUCUGCAAGCUGAAGGGUACUUGACUGAGAGCCAGAGACAUGGCAAAGCCGGUUACAGCCUGACAAAGCUUCUAGCUCGGCUGAGAAACAGUAUUCGUCUCAUAGAUAGGCCUCAUGGGCAGCAUGCUGUGAUCCUGGCUGAGGAUGCUGCGAAGUAUAUGGAUAUUCGUGCUGAAAGAAAUGAUCCCGGCCCUAUUGUUAGUGGCUCGCGCCAAAUUUAUUUGACUUUUCCAGCUGAGAGCACCUUCACUGAAGAAGAUGUUUCUGAUUACUUCAGUAACUAUGGACAAGUGCAGGAUGUGAGGAUCCCGUGCCAGCAGAAACGAAUGUUUGGUUUUGUAACUUUUGUCACUGCAGACACUGUGAGGCUGAUUUUGUCCAAGGGAAACCCCCAUUACGUGCGUGGUGCUCGUGUGCUCGUGAAACCGUAUAGAGAAAAGGCAAAGCUUGUCGAGAGAAAAUACUUGGAAAAUUUUGAUCAUCCAAUUUUUUUCCAGCCCCACCCUGCAGAUAUAGACUCAGAUUUUCUAACAGGUUCAUCAAGGUUAUUCCCACGUGAGCUAAUGGAAGAACAGGAACGCGUAAUUGAACUUGAGGCGACGCACCUUUCACAGCUCCAGUUAGCUAGCAGACAGUUCAACGAUUUGUUAGACGUUUUGCCACUCGGCGGUGAUCAGGAGAGCAGUCAAGGAGUUGGUCUGCCCGAUAGCCCGUUUGCCUCGGCAGUGGGCAGCAGCAUUUCAGCAGUUAUAUAGUUGCUGGCAAGAUACACAAGAUUAUAGAGAGCUUACUAAGAAAGAGGUGCUGGUUUUAGAAGGCAACACCACAAAAUACACUUUCACUUUUCAUUUCUCAACAAGACAUUUUUCGUUUCUCUUUGUUCAACAAGAAUCAUAGGGAUCUAGUUUUUUUUCUGACGAAGAAAAAUGUAAUAUACCAAGGUAGGAUGUGGGGAGGAGAUGAAACAAGUUACCCACCAGUAUAUAUAAAGUAGUCAUCUUAUUAAAUACAACGAUGGUAUACUACACAAUAUUUUGAUCA